UUGCUGAAAACAUGGCGGUUCUCAAACGACUUUGUAAUAUAUUUUGAUAUAAUAUAAAUUUUUAAAAACAUUUUUGCUAUUCCCAGAGGAAUUUUUAUUGUUUUAUUAUUGAAUAUAUACGAUAUAAGUUAAAUAGAACAGAUAAGAAGCUAUCGUUGGUUAAUGUUUCGUGUUGAUUGGCUGAUAAAAAAACAGAUCGUUCGAAACCGCAUGUAUACGUAACUUGAUACGUGUUGUUUUCGUACUUAAAAAUACUCAAAAAUAAUCAAAAAACUGGCUAGAAAAAUAACAAACGAGUGUUGCAAGAACCAUGGCCAACUCGUUGAAGUGUUUCAACGCGAUUCCUCAAAAUUUAAGGAAUAUUUCAACAUCCAGCGCUAAAAACGAUGCCUGGCUAUCGAAAAUUUUCGUCAGAAAAAUCGAACCCACCAAGGAAAGUCACAGUCGUAUGCUAAGCGACAAAGAGGUGAUCUACGCCCUGCAAACUCACAAUUACAGGGCGGACUCGAAAAAAAACUAUCUAAAUAAUGUAAACAAUAUUGUGGGUUGGGUAAGUUCACAGGAUAGUCUGAAUAAAAACGUACAACUGGUUGGAAGUUGGACUGUGAACGUUGGUGAUCAGGAUCAGGCUAUUCACUUAUGGAAAUUUGUAGGAGGUUUUCAGCAAAUUGAUAAAUUCAAUGAAUUGACUGAUACAAAUGGGGACUAUCAGAAACUGAGACAAGAAGAAGGCAAACUUAUCAGGGCCAGACAUUUACAGUAUUUAUUGGCUUUUAGUUACUGGCCUCAAAUAGUCUUGAGACAGCCCAAAAACGUCUACGAGAUCCGUAGUUACGCACUUAAACCAGGAACCAUGAUCGAAUGGGGCAAUAAUUGGGCCAGGGCCAUCAACUUUAGAAAAAAUAACGACGAAGCUUUUGCUGGAUUUUUCUCACAAAUCGGAAGACUGUACAACGUGCAUCACAUUUGGUGUUACGAAAAUUUAAACAAAAGGAAAGAAACCAGGGAGAGUGCCUGGAGAUCACCUGGAUGGGACGAGUGUGUUGCAUAUACUGUACCCUUAAUUAGAGAGAUGCACUGUAGGGUAAUGGUGCCCACAGAAUUUUCGCCCACCCAGUAGAUUAAAUCAAGUCUUGUAUAUGUCCAGGAGAAUCUUUAAAAUAUGGCAAUUUUUUUUUGUUUUAAUUUUUACAAAUAUUUUUUUUUUAUCUAUAUAUACAGUGUUACAGAAAAAGUUAACAUCAUAUUAUGGGACUUUUUAUUCAUUUAAUUAUAUACAGUCUAUUUCACGAGAGUCAUGGUCAAAAUGUACCUUUAAUAAACCACAGCUUUCAAAACAUGUUAGAUUACCUAAAAUGUUUAUAUAGUUUUAAUAUUUUUAGAAUAUUUGAAUCGUUGGUUUUAUAAUACCAAUAAUAAAAACAAUGUUACGAUUGUACAUUUCAAGUAAAAGUUAACUCAAGGGAUUUGAUUACCUAGAAAAAUUGUACAGUAUUUAGUACAUUUUUAAAAGUACUUUCGUUAAAAGGACUGUAAAAUUUAUAUUGGGUGUUUUUUAUUUGAUAAUAUUCGAAAAUCAUUAAAGAAUUAAAUAACAGGGUAAAUAAUACAUAAUUUGCUGAUAUCGGUUGAUAAAAUAACACGUUUAUAUGUAUAGAAUAAAAAUAUGAUUUCUCAGCAUAAACUAGAACUGAUAUAAACUACUUUAUAGGCAAGUAAUAUUUUUUUCCUUAUUCAAAAACAGAAAAUAUAUUAUAUAGUUAUAAUUUGCACUGUAUAUUUUAUGUCACUCUUUAUUAUAAACUUAUUUUAGCUUAUAUAUACAAAUUUAAUGGAUUAAGUUUUAAAUAUAUGGGGUAAUACAAAUGAU